UCUAAGGCUUCAACGACAGAGAUUGGGGGAACACUGAAGUUGUUCAACAGGAAGCUUGUGUGUAUACUGAAGUUCUCUUUUCUGUUCCUCCUACUGGCACACGUCUAUGAAGAUGACCUGGAGUACAACUUGGGACCCUUGAGGAGAGCAUGUUUCUGAAUCUGAAGUCAACUUGGGACAUUACUCAGCCUUCAGGAGACGGGUGGCAUUGCUUCUUACCUAGAAGAGAGAUUGCAAGUGAGGAAUGUAUGUUGACGGUCGUUCCCGGCGACUGAAGCGAGAAAUUUGCAGUGCAGAAGUUGGACCGUCUUCCCCCAGAGAAUAACUACCACCUAUUACUCUCCUGGACUGCUAAAGGUGUAGUAAAGCUGACAACAAAGUAGAAAUGGAUGUAUUUGGCGGUGCACCGCGUUUCUUCGCCUAUCCAAGACCUGUUGUGGUCCAAACUGGAACUGAUGCAGUCCUAAAGUGUCAAAUUGGUGGUGAUCCAAGGCCUGCAGUCAUCUGGGAGCGAAACAAUGAAAAGAUUGAACCACAGGGGCGAUACAGGAUCUUUGAGGACGGAAAUGUUUACAAUCUCAUCAUUUCAGCUGUAACCAUAGAGGAUAGUGGUCAGUACAUAUGCAAAGCAAAGAACAGCAUUGGGGAAACAUAUGCAGCGGCCACAUUAAAGGUGGAAGGUGAAGCACAAGAGUUGGAGUUACGAGAGGAAAAUAAGCCACGAUUCCUCAUCAAGCCCCUCUCCACUCGCGCCGGCCGUGGGGAAGAUGCAGUUUUCUCUUGUAAGCUCUGGGGAAACCCACGACCAGACGUUGUCUGGGAAAAGGAUGGGAGAAAACUCAAUGAAAUAUUUGAAAGCACACAUUUCAGUGUGGGCUUCCAGGACGGUGGAUGGUUCCAGCUCAAGAUCUUUAAGACUCGCGCUCCAGACGGUGGUGUAUAUACGUGCAAAGCCAGGAAUGAGUUUGGAGAAGCGUUGGCAGGAGCUGUGUUGCUGGUUGAUGCAGGCCCAGGACAUGAGGAAGAGGGAAAUCGAAAUAGCUACACAAAUGGCCAAUGGAAAGCUCACCAAGGAAAACAGAGGAGACAAUUGCCAAACCGGCUCAAAGACGACACAAUGUCAACUAAAGUCAAAAUGUUUGCAGUGACAGAGGGUAAACAUGCCAAAUUUCGCUGCUUUGUGACUGGGAAACCCAAACCAGAAAUCAUUUGGAGGAAAGACGGCAGACUGAUACUGUCUGGAAGGCGUUAUUUGUUAUACGAGGACAGAGAAGGAUACUUCACACUUAAGGUUCUGUACUGUAAGCAGAAGGAUAAUGGAGUUUAUGUUUGUGCUGCAUCAAAUACUGCCGGGCAAACCCUCAGUGCCGUCCAUCUCUCUGUAAAGGAGCCGCCUGUGAGGUUCAAGCAGCCUCUCAUUGAUCUAGAAGUAUGGGAACGAGAUUUGGCUGUUCUCGAGUGUGAAGUUCCAGAGGACUCUGUUUCCAUCACAUGGUAUCUGGAGGAUAGACGACUGCAGCCAGGAGCCAAAUAUGGAAUGGAGGAGUGGGGAACAAAACGGCGACUAACUAUCCGUGACAUUGAUGUUGACGAUGAUGGGAUCUACCUCUGUGAGAUGCCAGAUGGGGGCAGAAGCAUUGCAGAGGUAGCAGUAAAAGGGACAAUUUUGCGGAAGCUACCAAGAAAAGUGGAUGUAUUGGAAGGCGAAAAUGCUGCCUUUUGUGUUGAAGUGGAGAAUGAAGAAAUGGACAUACAUUGGUACAAAGAUGCCCUAGAGCUGCGUGAGACACAUCAGACCAUCCUUAAGUCCUUUGGUCGAACUCACAUCCUGGUUUUUGUCAACACAAUGCCCCAAGACUCUGGCCUUGUGACUUUCCUUGUAGGCAGAUCCAAGACAUCCUCUCAGCUAAGAGUGAAAGAGGCAAGACAUUGCCCACCCAGUUGUCCAGUGAGUGUGCAGAUCAACACAGAGCGUGCUAAUGCAGCUCUUCUCUCAUGGGCUCCUGCUCAAGACUCCCGAAAGAACCCUCCAUCUGGAUAUGUACUUGAUCGACAGGAAGUGGGCACUGGUUCACAGGAGUGGUUACAGUGCCUGACCACUGACUCCGCAACCUCUGUGGAGAUCCUUGGUGACAGUGUACCAUGUGAAGCCGAUUAUCGAUUUCGCAUCUGCAGUGUAAACAAAUAUGGGAAGAGUAACACUGUGGAAUUCCCUAGAGCUGUUCAUUUGGUUCCAGUUGCCAGAAUCCAAGCUCCCUUACAGGAUGCCUUGGUGCCCGAGGGACAAGAUGCCCUCUUCUCUAUUGAGCUCUCUGCUUCAAUAAUCGGGACAUGGUUCUUAAAUGGCGCUCAGCUUCAGGAAGAUGAACGAUAUUCCAUGCGUCGUUCACGAACACACCAAUCUCUUCGCAUUCGAGGAGUACGUGAUACAGACAAUGGAGCUGAGAUCACAUUUAUUGCCUAUAGCAUUCGGGAUUCUGCUGCAUUGUACAUUCAAGCUCCACUUGUCAAGUUUUCACCAAUGUCAGAAAUGGAUCGAAACAAAUUUGUAGAAAUUGGAAACCCCAUUGUGCUCUACUGUGAGCUGUCAGACCCUGCAGUUCCAGUCCACUGGUACAAGAAUGGGGUGGAAUUACAAACAAUGGAGGGUCUGCAUAUCCAAUCCGAGGGUACCAUGAGAAGAAUUGUCAUCCAAUCAGCAGAAUUCUCACAUUCGGGAGUGUAUUGCUGUGAUGCCAUUGAUGACGUCAUCAGAUUCAAUGUGGAAGUAGAGGCUCCACCUGUGAAGUUCUCAGCAAUCCCCGAAGAAAAGAGGACGAGGUCGAUCGAAGCAGGCUGCCCUAUUGUACUCCAGUGUGUGGUGUCGGAUCCUGAGGCCCAUGUUUGCUGGUACAAGGAUGAAACUCAGCUCAUUUCAAACUCUGGAUUAGAAAUCCAGUCAGAGGGCAACACAAGAACAUUAGUUGUUCAGUCUGCAGAGCUGAGCAACUCUGGUGUGUACAGAUGCACCACAAAGGAUGAUACCAUGGAGUUUCAAGUGGAGAUCAAAGCUCCAACGUUGCGGUUGGCGCCCUCACCAGAUGUUGUGGAGACACAGUCACUUGAAGCAACCAGCCCAUCUGAACCAACAUGUGAAACCUCAGAAACUGCUUUACUGGCGUCUUGGCAGAGGGACAAAGAACAUGAUUCUAAAAAUGAGCCUGAUUUAGAAAUGGGAGGCAUCAAGAAGACCCUUGUUAUUGAACCAACUCAUCCUUCAAACUCUGGAACAUACUAUUGUGCAACAGCAGACGAUGUUGCACAAUUAAUAGUAAACAAUCAAGCUCCACCCGUGAGAAUUACAACACUUUGUGAGGCUGAAAGGAACAAGUCUGUUGAAGUCGAUGAACCCAUAGUGCUGCAAUGUAAGAUAUCAGAUCCUAACGCUCAAGUUAAUUGGUACAAGGAUGGAAUAAAACUUCUUGAAGCAUCUGGGCAAGACAUGCUGGUGGAGGGUUCCAUAAGAACGCUGGUCUUCCAGUCAGCGAUGCCGUCUCAUGCAGGGAUUUACAGCUGCACAACAACAGAUGAUGCAGUGCAGUUUCAUGUGGAUGUUGAAGCUCUACUUCUGAAGUUCUCAGCUUUAUCUGAGGGUGACCAGAAAAAGACGGUCAUGACGGGCUCUCCCAUUGCACUACAAUGUGAGCUGUCAGACCCCACUGGACAAGUCAGUUGGUACAAGGAUGGAACAAAGCUCCUACCUCAAAAUGGAGUAGACAUCCAGUCAGAGGGAAAUGUCAGGGGUCUAGUUGUCCCAUCAGCAGAGCGGGCUCACACUGGCAUAUACCGCUGCGAGUCAAAGGAUGAUGACAUCCAGUUUGCUGUGGAAGUAAAAGCACUACCUUUGAAGUUCUCAGAGCUUCAAGAGAAGGACAAGAGCAAGUACGUCCAAGAAGGUUCUCCCAUUGUCCUCAGCUGUGAACUCUCUCAUGAUCCUUCUGCCCAUGUGGAUUGGUACAAGGAUGGAAUGAAACUCCUACCACAAAACAAUAUGGAACUACAGUCAGAUGGUCUAACAAGAACUCUACUCAUCCACUCAGCUGAACAUAUGCACUGUGGCACCUAUGAAUGCUCAACUUCAGAUGACACCAUCACAUUUAAAGUGGACGUAGAAGGCCGAUCGCCAAAGAUCAUGCCAAUCCCCCUGUCAGAAAAAUACAAGAUGAUUACAAUGGGUGGUCAAAUUGUCCUUCAGUGUGAGGUCUCAGACCCUGUCGCCCAGGUCUCCUGGUUUAAAGAUGAGGUUGAGCUUUUUUGCAAAACUGGCCUUGAUAUGAAAAGAGAUGGCAGUCAGAGAAAAUUAAUGAUCCAUUCUGCUAAGGUCUCUGACUCUGGUCUCUACAGCUGUAGCCUCGCUGAUGAUGUUGUGACAUUCCAGGUGGACGUUGAAGCCUCUCCUGUGAGGUUUUCAGCACUUCCAGAUGUUGCAAGAAACACAUUUGUUGAAGCAGGCUGCCCACUUAAGCUGCAGUGUGAAGUUUCAGAGCCAACUGCGCAGGUCUAUUGGCACAAGAAUGGCAAACAGCUACCUCCAAAGAGUGACUGUGAAAUCCAAACAAAAGAAAAACUCAGAGCGUUGGUUAUUGCAUCAGCAGAAGUCAGACACUCUGGGGUGUACAGCUGUGAGGCCGCAGAUGACCAUAUAGAAUUCAAGGUGGAUGUUGCAGAGCCACCGGUAACGUUUGCUGAGAUCCCAGAGGAGGACCUUUUCAAGAGUGUUGUGGAACAAGAACAGCUUGUUUUGUCAUGUGAAGUAUCAAGGGCUGGCAGUGUUGUCCAGUGGUACAAAGAUGGAGCUCAAGUGCAACCAUGCGACAAUAUCACAAUGCAAGUAGAGGACACCAAAAGGAAUCUGACAAUACAUGCAGCCCAACUGUCCGAUACAGGCACAUACACAUGCCGUGCAGGAGACAACAUUCUAAUGUACAAGGUUAACAUACGAGAACCUCCGGUAAUGAUUAUCCACCCCAAGGAAGAUGUUCACCUUGACCGUCAUGUCCCCGAGGAAAUUAUUCUGAGCUGCGAAUUGUCUCGUCCAAAUGGUGUUGUCAGCUGGUACAAAGACGGACAAAAGCUGCAAGAGAGUGAGAACAUCAAGCUCAAGAUUGAAGGCCCUUAUCGACGACUGAAGAUCAUUUCUAGUGGAGUAGAAGAUUCUGGAGAAUACGUCUGUGACACAGCCGAUGCUUCAAUAUUCUUUCAUCUUAGUAUUACAGAACCUCCAGUCCGGAUUGUUUCCCCGAGUCAGUCUCAAAUGGAACUGUGCCAACAGACCUCUGAGAGGAUGGUAUUGAGCUGCGAAAUCUCACGGCCCAAUGCAGUAGUGCGCUGGUAUCGAGACGGUCUUGAAGUGGAGGAGAAUGAGAACCUUAUCCUCGAAGUGGAUGGUGUCUACAGAAGACUUAUUAUACCAGAAACUACUGUCCAAGAUUCUGCCGAAUAUGUCUGUGACACUGCAGAUGACUCCAUGACCUUCUUUGUGAACAUAGCAGAGGCUCCUGUUCGUUUUGUACGUCCGAGGAAGAUGGCAGGUAGAGUAGACAAAGUGGUUGGGGAGACUCUGGUUCUAGACUGCGAGGUUUCAAGAUCAAAUGCUGAAGUCACCUGGAAGAAGAAUGGGGAAGAAGUAGAAGACUCCAGAAAUAUCACCAUCCUUGAGGAUGGUGUCAUGCGUCAGUUAACUGUUCACUCACUAACAAUGGAAGAUGCUGGCCAAUAUGUCUGCGAUGCUAAGGAUGAUGUGAUGGAUUUCCAUGUAGAAGUGCAAGAAUUGCCUGUAACAAUUCUUGGAAAAACGGACACAAAAACUGAAAAGCAGUUCUUGGUAUCAGAUGACAUUAUUCUAGUGUGUGAACUAUCAAGAUCGAAUGCCUCAGUCAGUUGGUACAAAGCUAAUCAGCUAAUUGAUGACACCGAGCGAUACUGUAGCGAAGAGCAAGGGGUUUUCCGCUCACUGGUUGUCCUUAAUGCUGGACUUGAAGAUUCAGGAGAGUACACCUGUGAUGCAGUGGAUGAUAAGAUGGUCUUUUAUAUCACUGUCAAAGAGCCUCAAGUAUCAAUCAUCGGAAACUCAGGCCACCCGGAGCAUCAUAUGCUGGUAGAAGGAGAUGACCUCAUUUUAGAGUGUGAAGUGUCUCGGCCAAACGCAACCGUCCAGUGGUUAUGGAAUGGCGAGAUGCUGAAACCAGACACUCGUAUACAAAUUGACAGCCAUGAUGUUGUACGGAAGCUUGUUCUCACUGGACUCCAGCCCUCAGACUCUGGAGAAUACAUUUGUGAUGCCAUGGAUGACAAAUUGACAACGAUUGUUGAGGUUCAAGAGCUACCAGUCAAGUUUGAGAAUAAAAAACCAGCUAGUAACAUCACAGCCUAUGAAAAUGAGAGUGUUACGCUGUGUGCCACUGUGAGCCGAGAAAUAACUAAUGUUCGGUGGCUGAAAGAUGGCCAACUAUUGAACAGGGACAACAUUCACAUCUCCAGUGAGGGUAAUACCUACAAGGUCACCAUUAAUCCCUUGCAGCUGUCAGAUUCUGGAGAAUAUGUCUGUGACAUUAAUACAGAUCAGAUGCAGUUCAGUCUUUUAGUCAAAGAAAUGAAAAUGACAUUUACCAAACCAUUGGAGAACAUUGUGUCUCUGAAAGGUAGUAUACUUAUAUUACGAUGUGAGAUCAGCAAGCCUAAAGGAGAUGUCCAGUGGCUUAAAGAUGGCCACGAGAUCUCUCCAAGCCGUCGGCACACAAUAAGGGCACAAGGUCGAGAGCGAAGCUUUACCAUCCAGCAACUAGAGGAAGAAGAUGCUGGAGAAUAUGCCUGUGAAUCCACAGAUGAUAGGACCUCAGCUACUGUAAAUGUACAAACUCCCCGUGUUGUUGAGUUCAUUGCGGAGCUUCGUAACAUCACUGUCCGUGAAGGAGAAGAUGCAGUAUUUAAGUGUGUGGUUUCACCAGAGGACACUCGCUUGGUGUGGUGCCUAAAUGGCAAGCAAGUAGCUCCAAAUGAGCGCACUGUCAUUUCAAGUAACGGACUAUGCCACAUGCUCUGCAUCCACAACUGCAUGGUAUCAGAUAGCGGCAGAGUAACAGCUGAUGCAGAGGGGACAGUUUCAGAGGCAGAACUCCAAAUCCAAGAGCAACAGGUGCUGUUCACCAAGAAAAUGACGCCAGUUGUCGCUGAAGAGUACAGUGAGGCAACUCUAGAGGUGGAGGUAGGUCUGGAUUCGGGAGAGGUGCAGUGGAUGAGGCAAGGGGUACUGAUCCACCCUGGAGCCAAGAAUACCCUGAAACACAAGGGCCGCAAACACAGUCUCACCAUCCACAGACUUGCCAUUUCUGACCGGGGCAGCUACAGCUGUGAGACCCUCCACGACCGCACGCAAGCCCAGCUCACAGUGGAACCUCGAAGGAUCACAAUCAAGAGAGGGCUGACCGACAUUAAAACAACAGAGAGAGAAACUGCCUCUUUUGAGGUGGAGCUCUCUCAUUCCAAUGUACCCGGCACCUGGAUGAGAAACGCAAUCAAGCUUAAGCCGACAAAUCACUAUCGUAUGAGUGCCAAAGGACAAGUCCACAGCCUCACCAUCUAUAACCUGUCAGUAGAAGACACCGGCAGCUUUACAUUCUCUGUGGAGAAUUUGAAGACGACUGCAAGGCUUGUUGUGAAGGAGCCCCCUGUGACCAUGUUCAGAAAACUGGAAGACCAGAAAUUCCCUGAUGGGGCAGUAAUCUCUAUUGAGUGUGAACUGUCAAGACACAACAUUGAUGUGAAGUGGAUGAAGAACGGGGUUGAGCUAAAGCCGGGCAAAGAAUUGCGCAUUUACUCAAUGGGAAGGAAACGGUUUCUUCAGAUCAUGAAAUGUCACGUCAGUGACUCUGGCAUUUACACCUGCGAUGCUGGAGAUGCUACUACAUCCUGCACUGUGGAGGUUUAUGAGCGUGAGCUGCUGAUCCUGAAGCGCCUACAGGACGUGGACAUCCAGGAAGACCAGAACGCCGUGUUUGUUUGUGAGAUCUCAGUGGAGGACCUGCAAGGAGAAUGGUACAAAAACGGGGAGAGGAUUCAACCCACCAGCACCAUCAAGAUCCGGCAGGAAGGGACCAAACAUUUUCUUCUGAUGUGUAAUGUGAAAGCAGAGGACUCUGGAGAGAUCAAGUUUGUCACCAGACACGUUGAAUCUGUUGCCCGCCUGGAGGUGGAAGAGCUUCCGGUCAACAUUGUGAAGCCUUUAGAGGAUACGACCGCCCUGGAGAAGACACGUGUUCUGCUCGACUGCACCGUGUCCAACCCCAGAUGUAGCAUCCGCUGGUACAAAGGCAGCAACGUUAUCCUGCCCUCUGAACGCUUCGAGAUCUGCAGCGAGGGCUGCUACCGCAAACUGAUCAUGCAGCAGGUGGCGCUGGAUGAUGCGGGCACGUACAGUGUGCAGGUUGGAGAGUAUACAUGCUCUGCAAAACUCACUGUGGAGGCCCAGCCACAGCUGCUGGUCCGAGAGCUGCAGGAUGUGGAGGUGAAGACCCCCGGGGAGGCCUGCUUUGAGUGUGAGGUCUCCGUCCCCGUCCUCAAAGCUCCGCUGUGGACUCUGAACGGGGAGCCGCUGCUGCCCAGCGCUCAGGUCCUGCUGGAACAGAUGGGCACGGUGCACAGGCUGACCCUCAGACACACCUCCCCCAGCAUGGGGGGGGAGGUGGAGUUCACCUCCGGGAGAGCAAAGAGCAGAGCCCAGCUGCGGGCGAUCAGUGAGCCAUGAGUGACUUCUUCUAUCUUUCAUCACUUUAUUGACAUGGACUGAAUAUUAUGAAAGGCUUUUAACGUUGUAACAUUGACAUUUACUUAUAUAUUUAACAACAGUAUGUCUAUAAAAGUGGUUUAAACAGGGUUGUGAUGGAUUUUCAUGUGUCGUCGUUCUGACAUUCUUUGUUCAUAUAAAACUCGUCAUAGUAAAGUGUGUGAAUGCAUUUGAAGCAGUACCGUUAUCAUAAUAGAAAGUUUGGAUGUAAAUAUUGUCCCAUGUUAUAGAGGUUUCAUCUGUGUUGUUUUGCUGAAAAAUAUAUCAUUUUAAUAUAUAUAUUGUUAGAAUAAAUGGAAGGAUGGAUAUUCUAAGUGAAGAGUUCUAGAUAGUUUUUAUUAAAUAUCGAAAAUUGUAGAAUUACACGCUUAAUGUGCAUGUGGUCCUUGAAUUUGAAGAUAUUUACAAUUUUUGAAUUCACUUUUUUUGUUCCAGACGCCAUUUUGGUCUAUUUAGAACCUUAGUUUAUUAUAAAAUAUAUUCUGAUCUGCACUCAGUGUGUACCAGAUUAUAUUUCAAUGGUGUUGUGUGGCUGUUUUGACAGUGACCUAGAUUUGAAGUCUUCAGUAUUAGAACAAAGAAAAGAAAAAGUGAGUAUAUUACAGCCAUGUAUUCAUAUCAUCAUCAUAUCAUCAGAAUACGGAAGAGGAUUAGGGCCACAUGUUUAAACCAUUUUGAAAUAUGACAAAAAGUCCACAUUUUCUUUGAGUUCUGAGAUUUAAGUCUGAGUUCUGACCUUGAUCCCAGAAUUCUCACGUUUUACUCAGAAUUCUCACAUUUCACUCAAUUCAAUUUUUUUUUAAACUUUUUGUGAGAUAUAAAAAAAAAUGUCAUGUUGUCCUAAUCCUCUCCCAUAGGAUCGAUUAAAUACAAAAUAUCUUUCAUCGUUUAUACAUUGUAUAGAAAUCGUUUUUUAAUGUUUUGAUGAAAAGUUUGAAUGAAGAGAAUUAUGUCUUGCAGCAAAGGGCUUGUAAUGUAAAUACAUUGGGCCAAAAAUCAGGUGAUUUAGAAGAGAAAUAGAUAAGAAAAUUACUUGAUAACCUUGAUUGAUAAUCAGGGAAUGCUAGUUUUAUUAUGGAGUGGGUAUAAUAUUUCAACUUAGCCGAGAAUGAUAGUUUUCAUAUAAAACGUGUUCCAUAUUCCAUUUGCCUUGUUUCCACCUCCGCCAUGUUGUGUUUGGGAUGUGAAAAAAAAAAACUACUGUAGUGAAAUAUGACAUGUUUCAAUAAAACAUGCUUUAUUGAUGCAA